AUGCAGUUGUCUACUUCCCGAAAGCCUUCAAGUAACUACCGUUAAACAGCUCCCAGAGUAUCAUAAUUGUGGGACGAGGAAAAGACACUAACAAAGGACACAAUGUUCCAUCUGCAAUUGAUGAGGUCUCUACAAAAGGAACAGAAGCAGAAAAAAUGGCUGAGUGCUUAAGAAAAAGCAGAAUUGCUAAGGCAUUGUCUGAUACAACAAUAGUUUAUGAAUCUCAUGUUAGAAGAUUCUGGGACACUGCAAGGUUUGAAGAAAAGGAUAAUAAAAUUCAUGCAGUAGUCAAGAAGAAAGAUGAAAACAACAAGGAUAUUGAUGUUGAAGUAGUGUUUGGAGUAGAGGAUAUAAGAAGGGUUCUUGAUUUACAAGAUUCUGACAAUGAUCCAACGAUCAUGUCAGAACGUCUUGCUAAAGGGCUAUGGUGUAGAUUGGGAUUUUCUUCACACAUCAACGGAAAAAUGUUCAAAAGGAGUUUCUCGAAACAAUACAGAUACUUAAUGCAUUGCUUAGUGCAUUCCCUAUCUCACAGAAAGGGAGCCUAUGAUGAGGUGUCUGACUACAUAAUGAACAUUGUUGUAAGUAUUGUGCUGAACAAGAAAUACAAUAUUUCACAAGUGAUUUUUGAAUUUUUAAAAGAAAAUUGCUUAGCCGGGAAAGACAAAUACAUUAUGUACCCAAGAUUCAUUAUGAUGAUCUUGGAUGACAAAGUUAAGGAUUUGCCAAAGAAUAAUGAUGAUAUUAUGGCAAUGGCUGAAGUGAAUAAGACUGCUAUUCUGAGAAUCACAAAGGAGAAGGAUGCUAAAACAAAAGAGUUGAUCUGUGCAUUAAAGGAUGAAGCAUACGUAGCUCCUGAAAAUGAUAAAUGGAGACAUGAUAAUAGUGAUUCAGACAAUGAAGACAAUAAGAUGAAUGAUAUGAUUGAAAAGAAAACCAGAUGGUGGUGUAUCAAAGAUGGAAAGAGAAAGAGAACACCAAAGUCGACCCCUGUGGUUGUAAUUAAAGAAACAGCAAAGGGGUCUUCUGAAGAACCUCAAAGAAAGCUAAUUGAUGAACCUGUCAUAGAACCGAGGGAGGUGAUUGAUCAAGGUGUUGGUUUAGAAGAGACUUUGGAAAGCUAUUUUAAAAAGCAUGAAGAGGCUGAACAAGCACAAGCUCAAAAGAACUCCAGUAAUGAAGAUUCAGAAGAAACUUUAUCGGAAUCUGAACUGGUCAAAGAGACAGUGGGAAAAGGAAAGGUACAACUGAAGAAAAGACCUUUAAAGAAAAGAAAGAAUUCUGAAGAUGAAGAUUCACCGUACAAUCCUGAGGAUUCUCAGAAAAACAGAAAGAAAAGAAAAGCUACUCGCACCGGUGAUAUUCCAAGAGUGGUUAGAGCAAAGAAACAGAAUGCUAAAUCACAAAAAGAGAAGGAAGGAAAGAAGAAACAGGACACUGCUGAAACUAGUCCUGUAGUUGAGAUACCAAAAGAAGUUCCUUUAACAGAAAUUCCAAUAGAAACACAAACUUCUUAUGAUGAUUAUGUGGAGAUCACCGGAGUCAAAUCUGCUAAACAAACAUCUGAUCGUCAUGAUAUUCCAGAAUCAUCACAACGAAAGACAGAUUAUUUCAACUUAGAUUUUGAUAGCUUAGGUGGUGCUACUGGAGAUUUCUUUAAAGAUAUGCCAGAAAGUGAAGGAGACCUAUUUCAUGAUAAAAAGAUGAAAGAAUUGGAAGAAAAAGUUAAAGCCUUGGAAAGGGAAAAGGAAGAAAACGAAGCUGUACAAAUAAAGUUGAAGGAAAUGAUUGAUGAGUUGGAGAAACGGCACGAAGACGUAAUGGAUGCAGUGUUUACAAAAGAUGAGAAAUUGAAUGAAAUGAAGGAAGAUAUAAAAGAUAAUGCAGAACUUAUUAGUGCACUUACUGAUGAAAUUGCUGCAUUGAACGCCAAAGUCAAAGACUUGCAGAAUAUCAAUCAGACUUUGAAUCAACUCUUAAAUGAGAUGAAUGAAGCUUCGACAAAUGAAAUGAAGGCAAUGAAGCUAGAGAUGGAAGCUAUGAGAGCAGAUAAGGUGAUGAAAGAUAAGCAACUGGAAAUGCUUACGGCUGUGAUUGAAGCACAUCUGAAGGUGAACAUCCACGAGGCUUUUGAUCAAGUUGACAUUAUCAAGGCAAAUGAAAGAAGGAAAGAAAGAGAAAGACAGCUUGCUGAAGAAGCUAACCUGAAAAAUAAAGGUAUAGCAGAAGAAGUUGAAGUUGUUGGAUCUUCACAAAAUCAACUUGAGGUAGGUGGAUCAUCUUCUCAACCAGAAAUUGAAAUGGUGGAUGCUCAAGAUGUUACAGCAAAUGAUGAAGAAAUGGUGGAAGCAGAAAAUGAAGCAGUUCAUGAACCAGAGUUUAUUAUGGUUGGUGAAUCUGUAGAGCCUAUUAUUCCGGAGAAUGUUUUGAGAGACGUUCAAAUCAUACAAAGAAAGAAAAAGGCUAAAGAAGUAUUACUACUGGAGUACUCUACCGACAAGUUUGUAUUAGUUGGAAAAGCCUAUAGAGUGCCCUAUAGUGAAGAAGAAUCUGCCAAGCUGUUAAGAUUUUUUGAAUUAAAGGAUCAAGGGAAGAUAGCUAGAGGAGAAGUGGAAGAAGAAUCUGAUAGUGAUUUUUGGGAGGAAGAAGUUGAAGAUGAUGAUAAAGCAGACGAUGAAUCCGAUGAUGAUGAUAAGCCUGAUGAUGAUGAUGAUGAUGAUGAUGAUCAAGGCACAUCGAGUUUGCUAAUCAAUGAUCCAUCCGUCCAAAAUAAAGUAAAUAAACUCAUGAAUGAUGAAGUGAAUGAACAGAAUGAUGAUGCAGAGUGUGAAGGGUCAUCUUCUGGAAACCAAUCUGGUGAUCAGGUACAUCAACUCACAUCUACUUUUAUUUCUCUUUCUGAACAUCAUCAAGGAGAAGUAGAUAUUAUCAGAACAAGAGCUGAAAUGCUUGAGGAGUUGGGGUUAGAAGAUGGGAAGUUUAAAUUUGAUAUCGAAGAUGAAAUCCCAGAGUCUCCGAUUAAAAACUUUGAACCACAAUUUCCACUUGAAGCAGAAUUUUAUGAUAAUGUGACCAUAGAGACUGAUUCAGAUUCGGAAGAAGAAAGAAUAGAUUUUCACUAUGAAGGUGAAGACAUGGCAUUUCCUACAUUCACAGAGUUAUUUGAAGACAUGAAUGCAGAAUUAUUGAAGAGAAAAAUUGAAGAAAGAGUUGCAUCUGCUGAUAUGCCUGAACCAGUUCCAAGAGAAAUUUCUGCUGAAGAGAGAAAGAAAUGGUUCAGAUCAAUGCCAAAGGAAAGAAAGCCUCUUAGAGCCCUACAGUAUUUUACUCAUGAUAAAGACUUAUCUUGGGGUGAUAUUCUUUCUUGGGGGUAUCUGGAAGACUUGAAUGUUUAUGCAAUUCGAAGAGAGCAAGGUGUUCAAUACUUCAGGUGCAUUUCUGAUCUUGCUACCUUACCUUGGUGGGACAUAGAUGAAUUGGUGGUUACAAAGAAUAUUAAACAACUCUACUACGGUCCUGAAGUAAAACAGAGAGACCAGAAGCUGUGGAAUUUCAUCAAGUAUCAAGCAACGAUCAAUUAUCCAGAUUGGAAACCACAGUUUCCUAAAAGAAUUGUGAAGUAUACAGCUAAAGGUGAGAAGGACGUUACUCUUGAUGUCAAACCGCCAAAGUGUUUGAAGAGCAUGCCUUUAAGGGCUAUUGAGCAGGAUUUCUAUGAUUUAUUUCAAGCAUGGCUCUAUAAUCCUUCUACUGCUGAAGCUGUGAUCUCUUUGUACGAUAAAGACACUGGUGAAGCUAGGAAAAUUUGUAUUCUAGACCCGAUGUGGCUGGUAAAUUGCUCAAAGAAAGACAUAGAUUGCUUGUUUGUCAACAAGAUAAUCUAUGACAAGAAAGACAAAGCCAUUGCUCAGCAGUACCAGAGUGUAGUUGAUGUCUGUUUUGCUAAAGAAAUCAACUCUGGUAAGAACUGGAAAACCUCAUGGAGAGAACUAGAGGUUGAUGAGUUUCUAAAGGUGUACAAGAGAAGUUUAAGAUCCAAGGAAAUUCAGAGAAAAGCUGUUGAAAGAGGAAGACGAAAUCUUGGAUUUGUACCUCCUACUGAUCAGACACCCAUAGAGUCUGAAGAGAACAAGAUCCCUAAGUGGGACAGAAAAAGAGAUGGAGAUCCAGUGUACAGAAAUUGGUGGAUAACAGAGGGAAGACAUAAGAGAAGACAAAUGUUAGCUGAUCGAGAAGAGAAGAGAAAACAAAAGGCACGAGAUAGAAGACGCAACAGGAGGUAAUCAAGACUUUGCUGGAAGGGACUACAGCUUCAUCCGAGGGGGAGUCUGUUAGUACAUAAACGUCUGUAGCUUCCGUCAGCUUAAAGUCUUUAUUUUGUUAAAGUUGUAUAGUUUAAUGUAUAAGGCGUCAGAAUACAGGGUUUGUUUUGUAAAA